GUACGAGACUCCGGACAGUCACAUUUUUCAACUUUUCUUUCUCGUUAAGUCAUUAUUAAUAUGAUUGAAUAGAUUACUUUCAAGUAGUUUUUGCCAUACAAAUAUUCCUCAUUUUGUAGUGCAAGAAUAGCAAAAAAUUGUAAUUGCCACUCGUUCUAAGUUCUCAUUUUGUUCAAAAUGAGAGUACGUAAAUUUAAAUGCUAGUUGUUAUGUCAUAAUUUUUUCACAUGUAUAUAUAUGAACUAAUCUCCACAUUGAUAUCCUCUGCAAUUUUCUGCAUUCGCCGAUUGCCUGAUCUCACAUUCUCCGGCAAAUCCACGCCGCCGAUCGGAAUUCACCCAUACAUUUUCUCACAUGGAUGAAAGCGAAAAUUGUUGUUCGACUCACCUCAUAGAUGGGGAUGGUGUUUUCAAUGCUGCUGGAAUUGAUAAAUUCAUGAAGGAAGUUAAACUUUCCGAAUGUGGACUUUCUUAUGCCGUUGUAGCCAUAAUGGGUCCACAGAGUAGCGGGAAGAGUACAUUGUUGAAUAACCUGUUUGGGACUAAUUUUAAGGAAAUGGAUGCAUUUAAGGGAAGGCAUGCACUUGAUGAAUUUGGUCUCAUCAUUUUUUCCGGCUUAUUGUCCAAAGUACUCACAGCCUAUAAACUUUGUCAGGAUGAUACUGCAUUUGAAAAGCAGAGUGCUCUUUUUGCCCUUGCCGUAUCAGAUAUAGUGCUCAUAAAUAUGUGGUGUCAUGAUAUCGGCCGUGAGCAAGCAGCAAACAAACCUCUGCUGAAAACCGUGUUUCAAGUUAUGAUGAGAUUAUUCAGUCCACGCAAGACAACUUUGAUGUUUGUUAUUCGUGAUAAAACAAGGACACCUCUUGAAAACUUGGAACCCGUUCUAAGGGAAGACAUUCAGAAGAUAUGGGAUUCUGUACCUAAACCAGAAGCUCACAAGGAAACUCCACUUAGUGAUUUUUUCAAUGUUGAAGUUGUUGCACUCUCAAGUUAUGAAGAGAAGGAAGAACAGUUCAAACAGCAGGUGGCUAGUUUAAGACAACGAUUUUACCAUUCUAUUGCCCCCGGUGGGCUUGCUGGGGAUAGGCGUGGUGUUGUUCCUGCUUCAGGCUUUUCUUUCAGUGCACAACAGAUAUGGAAGGUUAUUAAGGAGAAUAGGGACCUCGAUCUUCCUGCUCACAAGGUCAUGGUUGCUACUGUUCGAUGUGAAGAGAUAGCUAAUGAAAAAUUCUCUGCCUUCAUUGAAAAUGAGGCAUGGCGACAGUUGGAAGAGAUGGUGCAAUAUCAGAUAGUGCUAGGGUUUGGGAAGAAGCUCACCUCUAUUCUCGAUGUUUGUCUAUCCGAGUAUGAUGCAGAGGCAACAUAUUUUGACGAAAGUGUCAGAUCUACAAAGCGGAAACAAUUGGAAGAGAAACUUCUGCAACUUGUCCAACCUGCAUAUCAAUUCAUGUUGGGACACAUACGCUCGGGAACCUUGGAUAAAUUUAAAGCUGCCUUUGAAACUGCAUUGAAUGAAGGGAAAGGAUUUUCGGCUGCUGCAAGUGAUUGCAUGGAAUAUUUUAUGUCACAGUUUGUUGAAGCAGCUGCAGGUGCCGACAUUGACCAAGCAAACUGGGACUCAUCGAAAGUAAGGGAGAAGCUUAGGCGUGAUAUAGAUGCACAUAUUGCUGAUGUUCGAGAGGCCAGGCUCUCUGAACUCACUUCAAUUUAUGAGAAAAAACUAAACGAGGCAUUAUCUGAACCAGUGGAGGCACUGCUAGAUGGAGCUAGUGAUGACACGUGGCCAGCAAUUAGAAAACUUUAUAGACGCGAGACUGAAACUGCAGUUACUGGAUUUUCCAAAGAACUUUCCGGAUUCGAAAUGGAUGAGGUAACAAAGAAUAAAAUGCUCUCGAGGUUGGAGGAUUAUGCUAGAGGAUUAGUUGAAGCCAAGGCUAAAGAAGAAGCAGGAAGGGUCUUGAUCCGUAUGAAAGACAGGUUCUCAACAAUGUUUAAUAAUGAUUCUGACUCGAUGCCACGAGUCUGGACUGGGAAGGAAGAUAUACGAGCAAUCACCAAAACAGCACGUUCUGCUCUAUUAUCUAUCAUGGCUGCUGUUCGUUUGGAUGAUGUUGCGGAUAAUAUUGAGCGUACAUUAUCACUUGCUCUUGCGGACCCCAAAACUGCAGCCUCUACUAAUAGGGGUAUCUCAGUCGACCCGCUUGCCUCAAGCAGUUGGGAUGAGGUUCCCUCGUCAAAAAGCUUGUUAACACCAGUCCAGUGUAAAUCUUUGUGGAGGCAGUUUAAAGCCGAGACAGAAUAUACUGUUAGUCAAGCCAUUGCUGCUCAGGAGGCCAGCAAGCGAAACAACAACUGGUUGCCACCUCCAUGGGCAAUUGUGGCUAUACUUGUCUUGGGAUUUAACGAGUUUAUGACCCUUUUGAGAAAUCCUUUGUAUUUGUGCGUCAUUUUCGUUGGUUUCCUGAUUAUGAAAGCUCUUUGGGUUCAGUUAGACAUAUCCGGUGACUUCCGCCAUGGAUUUUUACCCGGUAUCUUAGCAUUAUCCACCAAGUUUUUGCCCACGGUCACGAACCUUCUAAGGAAGCUAGCUGAAGAAGGCCAAACUAAACGGCAUGCUAAUACUGAAACUCCCCAUAAACCUCAAUUUCAAGCAAAGAGCUUUGAAAGUGCUUCAAAUGAGCAUACUCGUUUAUCAUCAACAGCUUCAUCUGAGGUCACUUCAUCAGAAAACAGCAACGAGUACUCGAGUCCCACUCGGAAAUCACAGUAAGCUUUCGAACGUGUCUUCUUUUCUCGUUUAACGAUGUUUCUCUAUCUCCAUAUACAGUUUUUCGGGUUAUUUCCAGGCAGUAAAAUGUAGGCAUUUUGUUUAAGUUCCAUAGUGUUUGUAUUUUUUUUCUUUUUAAAUUUUUGUUGGUUACAUAU